AUGUACCCCAUCUCUGACCUGACGGCUUUCUGCCGCAAGACCACCGGCGAUGUGCCCCCCAAGUUGGUGGGCGCGUCGACGACCGUGGUCGAUUCCAAAAUGUACCUCUAUGGAGGGCGGCUGGUCUCUGAGCGGAAGAUGGUCUCGGACAUCUACAUGUUCGACCUGGAGACCUUCAAGUGGGAGAAGGUGUCGCAGUCCUCAGAGGACGACAUCCCCCAGGCGCGCUACUUCCACAGCGCCGAUACCUGGCAGAACCAUUUGAUCAUCUUCGGUGGAAUGGCCAUUAAGCCACAGUCGGAGAACCCUGAAGACCUCUGCGUCCUCAACGACGUCCGUCUCUUCGACCUGACCACCCGGCACUGGCUCCCUGCGGUCCCCGUCCCCGCCGACUCGGCAUUGGUCCCCAACGCUCGCUACGCGCACCUGUCUUCCGUGACCGCCGAUCGCCUCUUCAUCAUCGGAGGGCAGGAUCUGGCGAAUGUCUGGCUAGACGAUAUCUACAUCUUCGACCUGAACACCCGGACGUGGAUUCAGCGUCGCGACUACCCUAGACAUUGCGGUACGUACCGUAGUGUCGCCGUCACUUCCGACCAGCGCGUACGUCUUCCCCAAGACGAAACGCGCGGUGGGCAGACCUCCGCUAGACUCGGACAGGUGGGCUCGCGCUUCAAAGUCGAUAAAGCGUCAUCCUCCGCAGCCAAUGCAACGCAGUCGGAAUCCUUGAUCCAUUUGCCAUACUCCGCCCAGCCUACCGAAGAAUAUCCUUGCGACAUUUUCCUCUUUAGCAACUACAACUUCACUGAUGUUCAACGCGAAUUGGAAGUCUUCACUCCCCUCUCCGACGGUGACUUCACUGUCUCUGACCGGUCUGCGUCUAUGACGGGGACUUCAUUCCCGCCGGGUCUGCGUUUCCCUACUGGUGCUAUCCUGGGAACGUACUUCAUCGUGGCUGGAACGUACCUCUCGCAGACCUACCAGUCGUUCUCUAUCUGGGCACUCGACCUCAUCAACAUGACCUGGUCUCGCAUCGACCCCGGCAGCGCACUCGCCACCGGUUCGUGGUUCCGUAGUUGUCUCUGGGCUAGCGCGAACAAGUUUGUCGUCUUCGGCAACAGGAACGGCAACCUCGUCGAGGACUAUAACCGCCGUCUGUUGAGCUGGGACCACGUUACUUGCAUCGACUUGGAGGCUUUCGGCAUCUACCAGCCGCCCCCGCUAGUUCUCGACAUCCCCAUGCAGGAGUUGGGUCUAGCGGCUCUCGAGGAAGGCCUCAUGGGCGACUUCGAGAUCGUUUGCGACGACGGCAGGCGGAUUCAGUGCUCGCGCAAAUUGCUCGAGGAUCGCUGGCCCUGGUUCAAGGAGCAACGUAGAAUCUGGCUCCAAGCCGCCACGCGGGCGCUGGAGACGCUCCCGUCUGCAUCGUCUCAUACUGCCCUCCCCGACGUUCCGAACGCGAAUCGCCAGGAGGCCCGUCCCGACCCUCGCCUCACCCCUCGCGCAUUCAACCUCUCAGAGCCGUACCCCAUCACUCUGGCGCUGCUGCAGUACUUCUACUCAAUGGCGCUGCUCACACCCUUGCAACACGCCCCGGCCGUGCUCAGGAAGGCGUCUUCUGCAAGUAAGUAG